ACUGCUUCCGUGUUGACCCACGUUCCACGCUGCUUAGAGAUCCAGAUACUCACCGAGAGAAACGUGGGGUUUGCUAAGUCAAGAUGAGGCCGCUAACAGACGAGGAGACGAAAACCAUGUUCGAGAAGCUGUCGAAGUACAUCGGUGAGAACAUCAAGCUGCUGGUGGACCGACCGGACGGCUCCUACUGUUUCCGACUGCACAACGACCGGGUCUACUACAUGAGUGAGAAGAUUCUGAAGUUGGCAACCAACAUCUCCAGGGACAAGCUCGUGUCAGUGGGAACCUGUUUUGGAAAGUUCACAAAGACCAGCAAGUUCCGGCUGCACAUCACUGCUCUGGAUUACCUGGCUCCCUAUGCAAAGUUCAAGGUGUGGGUGAAGCCUGGAGCGGAGCAGUCCUUCCUCUACGGGAACCAUGUGCUAAAAUCCGGACUUGGGAGAAUCACUGAGAACACUGUGCAGUAUCAGGGCGUUGUCGUCUACUCCAUGGCCGACGUGCCUCUGGGUUUCGGAGUCGCUGCUAAAUCAACACAGGAGUGCCGGCGAGUGGACCCAAUGUCCAUUGUCGUGUUCCACCAGACUGAUGUGGGAGAGUUCAUCAGGAAUGAAGAUACAUUAACCUAAACAUGCACAGUAGUCAAACCUUCCUUUUCCAGUAACACUCACAUGUUCGGACAUUCUAGGGAUAGAAACAAACACCUGUAUCGAAUAAACGUGUGAUACCAGCUAACCUGCAAUCUACAUGAUCCCUCUGCUUAAUUGUGAAAAUUAAGCAGAAUGCUUUUGUAAAUGUCAUCUUUCCAAUAAAUCCAUUAUGUCUUUGUA